AUGUAUUGUGACUGGCCAACUUUGGGGCGGUGUUGCUUUUGCAUGCCGUUAAGAAGAGGAAUUCUUACUUUCGGAUACAUUAAUUUAAUAUUCAGUGCGUUCAUGGUGGGAGUGUACAGUUACUCAGUGCACACAGAAUUAGGUUUGUUCGCGAUAUACCAUGGGACGACCGUGGGAGCGUCUGUGCCUGAAGGAGCGUGUGUCUUCAUCUACUGUGUAGAAUUAAUCUUCACUGCUAUUUUAUUAUAUGGAACACAUAAGAAACUAAUAACCUACAUAAGGGUAUACUACUACUUCGCCCUGACCACGACUGUGGCGUCCUGUCUCGUGCAGAUCUUGGACUUCACUAUAGCUGUCAGCACCAGAGUAGGAUUGUACAUGAUUUUUGAGGUUCUACCUCUUAUGUUCGCCUCAAUGUCCAUCCAAAUCUACCUCAUCAUUCUAAUAAGGAGUCUAUUAAAGAAGAUGGAGCAGUCAGGUCCUCAUGGAUAUGAGAACCAGCUCCAACAGAUAGUGUACGAAGGGAAGGUGGAAUCCAAUGGAGUCUACGACCCUACCGUGGUGCCGGUAGACGUGUAG